AUGAGCACAAGUAAAACGGUCAACAAUAACCCGGUGGUUUUGCAAGUCGAAGGGUUGAAAACCUACUUCGAAACCCGUUGGGGUACUGUCAAGGCGGUGGACGGGGUCAGCUUCGAUUUGAAAAAGGGUGAGACCCUGGGGAUCGUGGGGGAGUCAGGAUCUGGCAAGUCGGUGACCAUGUUGUCAGUGAUGCGGUUGAUCCCGAGUCCUCCCGGUCAAAUCGUGGAUGGCCGGGUCUUGCUGGAAGGCCAGGAUCUGGUGCCGUUGUCCGACAAGGAAAUGAGCGAGAUCCGGGGUAGCCAGAUUGCGUUGAUCAUCCAGGAUCCGAUGACAUCGCUAAACCCCGUUUUUUCCAUCGGUAACCAGGUGGGAGAGGCCAUCAAAAUCCACCAGGACAUCCCUAAGGGCACGUUAGUCCAGCGGGUGCUGGACGUGUUGAGGAAAGUGAACAUCCCUGCCGCCGAGACGCGGGUCAGGGACUAUCCUCAUCAGCUGAGCGGUGGGAUGAGGCAGCGUGUCGUGGGGGCCAUUAGCAUAUCCUGCGAGCCCAUGGUCCUGAUCGCCGACGAACCGACCACGUCCUUGGACGUAACUAUCCAGGCGCAGUACCUCAAAUUGUUGAAGGAACUGCAGGAAGCUUCGGACAUCGCGCUUAUAUUUAUCACGCACGACUUCGGUAUCGUCGCCAAGAUGUGUGACCGCGUCGCUGUAAUGUACGCGGGCAAGAUCGUCGAGAUGGGGGACGUUCGCGACAUAUUCAACAACCCGUCGCAUCCUUACACCGAGGCGUUGUUGGCGUCAGUCCCUAAGCUCGAAGAGCAGAUGGCAGACACCAAAACCGAGGUGCUGCUUGAAGCUGAAGGCUUGAAAAAAUACUUCCCGGUAACUAAGGGUCUGCUGAUCUCCAAAAUAACCGGAUGGAUCAAAGCGGUGGACGGUGUUUCGUUCCAGAUCCGGGCCGGAGAGACCCUCGGUAUCGUGGGCGAAUCCGGCUGCGGCAAGAGCACCACGGCAAAAAUGCUCCUCAUGCUGGAAGACCCCACGGAAGGCACAAUACGCUACCAGGGCAAGGAUAUCCAGAACGCCACCUCCGAUGAGCGUCGAGCGUAUCGGAGUUCGGUCCAAGCCGUCUUCCAGGAUCCCUGGAGCUCAUUGAACCCCAGAAUGCGAGUCCGCGACAUUAUCGCCGAGCCUAUGGUCAUAAACCUCAACCUCAGCAGGAGCGAGAUGCAGGACCGCGUCGCCAAAUUGCUGGAUGACGUGGGCUUGAGCAGUUAUCACGCCAAUCUGUAUCCCCACGAGUUCAGUGGAGGACAGCGCCAGCGCCUGGCGAUUGCGCGGGCAUUGUCGGUGGAACCGCGGGUCAUCGUGCUGGACGAACCGGUCUCGGCGUUGGACGUUUCAAUCCGCGCCCAGAUAAUGAACCUGCUCAAGGACCUGCAGCAGGAGUAUAACGUUAGCUACCUGCUCAUCGCCCACCAUUUGGCCACCGUCCGAUACAUGUGCGAUUGGGUCGCCGUGAUGUAUUUGGGGCAGAUUGUAGAGUUCGGACCGACCAGGGAACUGUUCGAAAACGCGUCGCAUCCUUAUACCAAGGCGUUGAUGAACGCGGCGUUGCCCUCCCAUCCGGACAUCGAACAGGAGGAAAUGAUACUGACCGGUGAGGUUCCGUCGCCCCUGAACCCUCCGGAGGGGUGCCAUUUCCACCCCAGGUGCCCGUUCGUGAUUGCCCAGUGUUCGACCGAAGUUCCCGAGGUACGAGAAAUCGCCCCCGGGCACGUAGUUUCUUGCCACCUUUACUGA